AUGAUCUUCAACAUCAGAACGCUAACAAUACAAAAGGCCUUCCUUAUCGGCUGUGUUCUGGCAAUUGACCAGAAGCAGUUUGAUAAGAUACUGGAGUUGAUUGACAGCGGGAAUAAGGAGGGAGCCAAACUGGAGUGUGGGGGCGUGGCCAUGGAGGACACAGGCCUCUACAUCCAGCCCACCGUAUUCUCCCAUGUCAAGGACCACAUGCGCAUCGCCAAGGAAGAGAUCUUCGGCCCGGUCCAGUGUAUAUUCCGCUUCAAGAGCCAGCAGGAGGCCAUAGAGAGAGCCAACAGUACGGAGUACGGCUUGGCUUCUGCCGUGUUCACACGCAAUCUGGACCGGGCUCUCUCUGUGUCUGCCGCCCUGGAGACUGGCACCGUCUGGGUAAACUGUUAUAACGCCCUCCAUGCCCAGGCACCAUUCGGAGGAUACAAAAUGUCAGGCAAUGGACGAGAGCUGGGUGAGUAUGCAUUGGCAGAGUACUCUGAGGUGAAAGCUGUGACCAUCAAACUGACUGAGACACUGUGAGGGACACAGGAGAGACCACAAACCACUACUAGAGCCCAGCCCAGCACUACUUUGUCAUCAACUCAGGCUGUGUCCCAACACUCUGAAGCCACUCCCUUUCCUCAUCUUCUUGUCUCAUUUCCUUUAUCACCUUUGGUCAUAAAGAGUUUUAUUUGUGCAUGUGCUAUGCUCAAAUCCUAUUCAACGCCUAUUUCACCUAUCACUCAAAGUCAUAAGGUGAAAAAGCCAAGGAAAGGACGCCAUCGAAGGGUGUUGGGACACUGGAGUGGCUUUCUUUCCUUGGCAAAUCAAAGGAGACAAGGAGAGGUGGCCAAUCUGGAAGUGAAUUGGGACGCAGCCAAACCCUAUUAGAGUUUCAGACCCUCCCACAGCUCUAUUGCUCCAGGGGUGUAUUCAUAGGAACCAAUUGGAAGCAAACGAGACGAAAUGGGAGGGACCUACCUGAAUUUGUCCAAUAGAAAUUGCUACGGUUUGCAACAUUUUACACUAAUGAAUACACCCCAGCCCUUUACAAUACUACAGCACUUCAGAGCUUCACUAAACCCCGCCAACAGAUGUGGUGUACAAUUUUGAACCUUCUUUGUCACCAUGUCACUCCCUGGCCUUAGUUAUCUUUGUUUUCUUUAUUAUUUUAGUUAGGUCAGGGUGUGACAUGGGGGAUGUUUGUGUGUUUUUGUCUCGUCUAGGGUGUUUGUAUUGUCUAGGGGGUGUUUGUAGAGUUCAUGGGGUUGUGUUCAUUGUAGGUGUUUAUGUAAGUCUAUGGUUGCCUAGAUUGGUUCUCAAUUAGACAGCUGUCUAUCGUUGUCUCUGAUUGGGAGCCAUAUUUAGGCAGCCAUAGUCAUUAGGUAGGUUGUGGGUGAUUGUCUAUGUGUAAGUUGCCAGUGUCUGCACUUAAUGUUUGUAUAGCGUCACGUUUGUUGUUUUGAUUAGUUUGUUUAGUGUUUGUUUCGUCUUCAUUAAAGAGAGAAUGUAUUGUUCUCACGCUGCGCCUUGGUCCUCCUCACUUAAAUGUUACGACGAACGUGACACACCAGUCCCAUAGUAGAACGUCACCAGUCCCAUAGUAGAACGUGGGCCGUGUUCGGCAGAGAACAACAUUGUGGAACAUUCAGAUAAAAAUAUAUUAUGUAGAACAAACAUGUCUCUCAGAUUUGUAGAAUAUGGAAUCAACACGUCAGCACUAGUCAUAGCAUUUCUAUCUGCAAUGUUCCACAACGUUUGCCUACACUGAACGCAGCCCGGUUUAUGCCUAUGCUACUGUCUAUCUAUGUGGGUCUCAUGUACAGAAAUGAAUGUGAGGAAUCAUUUAAAAAAUAUAAAUAUAUCUUAAUUUUGGGUUUUCUGAUAUGAAUGUUCUUCUCUCAUUUUGAGGAGCAUUUUCUCCCUUUUCAAAUGGUGGAAUGAAUUUUGAUUCCCGUUCCAAACAAGGUAAUAUUUACCUCUAUUUUUUGACUUUCUAAUGCCCAGAAGAAAGACAUGUUUUUAAUCCACUACAAUAACAAUAUAUAGGUCUAGUACUGUACUAGCAAACCUUAACUGGCAUUUUAACACUUUUAAACACUUUACAUUGUGUUGCAUUUGGAUCUGUGUACAAUAUCUUUCAGAGUUGUAUGACUAUGCUCAUCUAUAAGGUCUUGACCAGGGUGGCAACAUUCUGCUAACUUUACCAAACUUCCCAGGUUUCACAGAACUACUGGUCAGAUUCAGGGAUUGCUGGAAACCCUGGUAAUUUUCUGAAAGUGAACAGAAUGUUGCAGCACUAGUCUGGACUCCUGAGUACUGUUAUUAACAUAUUGUUAUGUCUUGGGUGACGAUACCCCUGAUGAUGUUUCUAUGCUUUGUGCUUUUAUUGAACUAAAUAUAGGAAGUUUUGCAAAUGGUUUGAUGGAAUGUAUUUCUUUGCAAUACAUAUGGGGCUGGUUUCCCAAACUAAAACAACAUUUCAAUGGAGAUUCUCAUUUGAGAUUUGUGUUUAAUCCAAGCACUCGGCUUAAUCUGUGUCUGGGAAACCGGAGCCUAAUUCAAUAAGGUAAAACGGGGGUUGUGUCCUGUUGGUGUUUUUAAUGGUAUAACAAUGCUACUGAAAACUGGCAUUAAGUUGAAAAUACAAGUAAUUUGUACUCCAAUAAUGUCUCAAAUGGGAGGUAAACCAUUCCUUGUCGUCACAAUAUAUAUGUGAGAUGUUACAAUGUAUAACAAACCACAAGGAAACAAGUAAUUCUGUUCAUGUUUCAUAUACUAGUUUCUCACUUUUUAUAUGGAUAUUUAAAUACACAUUUUAAAUAAAAUAAAAUGGAAUGUGUUUGUGA